UUCAGCAAAGAACAUUUUAUUUUAACUUCACAACACAAAGAUGGCUGGAAUAGGACGGACGGAGGUCGCAAUUCUCCUUGUAUCUUUACUCUGCCUCCUUCAGUGUGGUGGCGCACAAGACACACAGCCAGGGCAGCAAGAGGCCGAGAAACAAAGCGAGCCAGUAUUCUCUUGUAUCACAUGCCACUCGCUCAAGGAAAGGGAGUGUGAGGACACGUUUAAUGUGAACAUAAGUGACCCAGAGAAAUAUAUAAAAUUUGUGAAACCAUGUAAAGGACACAACAUGUGCAUGAAAAUUGUCGGAGAGGACAUGCAGGACCGUUCGCAGCGAAAAGUGGUUAUCCGUGGAUGUCCCCGAGUCGGUCCGGAGACCCCCGGGUUCAGCCGAACACGAGAGGAAUGCAUAAAUUAUGAAUACAAACACGAGGACCGAAGGAUUACAGACUCAGUUAUUGGCAAAAAAGAAGAAGUCCAGGAAUACGACUUGAAAGGAACAACAUGCUAUUGUAAAGGAGACAAAUGUAACAGCGGACAUCACGUGACGGGUCACGUGAUCCAUUAUGUGAUUGGCGUCAUUGUCGCAGUGUCAGUGUUUUUAGCCUGAUCCCAAGCCAUAAAAUGAUUAUGAAUAACGAUUGUGUGAAAUAUAAUGAUGACAAGUAUGACAAAUUUAAAAGGGAAAUACGUCAGUACAUAUUAUUAUUAUUAACACAUAGUUAGGCCUAUGUGUUUGCCUGCGCUUGCUAAGGAGCGGUACGAUGACAGCUUUUAAAUGCCAGAAAUGUGUGAUGUUUUGUGUUAGUACUCGUUAGUAAUACGGAUAAUACAGAAAAAAAGACUACAACUAGAUCUUUAAGUUAUCCGAAAUAAAUGAAUAAAAAGAUCACCAGUUAGAAGUUUUCCCAAAUGAAGACACGUUUUGUGACAGAAUGGGUUGAACAGCCCAAACAGAAGCCUUAAUAUCUAUGUUUUAAAGAGGAAAUACCCAAUUAGUGACUGAAUAUAUUUAAACCUGAUGUGGAAUAGGAGAUACAGUAAAAAGGGGGCUUUGCAAAUAAUUUUCGUCAUUUAAGUUAUCUUUGAGAAUCUACGAGUGUUGAAACAAUUGGAAGAUAUUAAAUGUUCACAUCUA